AUGGCGGAAGAGCCGACUUCCCCCGCCAACCAGGGCAAAUGGGUCGAAAAGUCCGAGAACAAAAUGAUGCAGGCCCGAAACCUCAUCCGUGACAUGCUCACAGUCGUCCGCAACAACGAGGUGGUGGAGGCCUCCAACAAAGCCGCCAUGCAAGAAGCUGACAAGCGAGAGAAAGAUGCAAAGAAGGCUGUGGUUUUCAGCAAGGCUGCAGCCCACGAGAAAGUUAUUGCGACUUCUUUCAAGUGCAUGCAGGAUAUCGAGGACGGCAUUCUGCAGACAGAGGACAGCCUCAGCAAACUCACACACGAACGCUACAGAGGAUUUGCGUAUCUUCAGGUUUGCGAGCGCCGCCUUGAGCUGCGGGAGAAGCGGCCACCGGCAGAAAUCUUCCAAGACGCCCUGACGCUUGCCUUAACUUCGGAGAAGCAGACCUUGGAAGCCGCACGGAAGGAGCUGCUGGAGCUCGAGGAGCAGGGCAAGAAGAUCGUAACCGAACUGAGGGACAAGAGGAAGUUUCUGUCUGAGGAUACCGGGAUACGGCGUUUGCAGAUGAUGGAGGACUUGAAGACGCUUUCGCCACAGGUGGCACUGCCUCCCGUAAAGGCCAACUCUAGCCCAAAGAACGGCAAGGCAGAGCCGAAAGAGGAGAAGAAGGAAGAGAAAGCUGAAGCUGCUGAAAAGACAGAAAAGCCCGAGGAACCAGCCGAAGCACCGGAGGCUGAGCGCCCAGUCACGGCACCUUCGCAUGUGAUGACGCCCGAGGAGCAGAAGAAAGCAGAGCAAGCUUCAAAGGAGCUCAUUGCGGAUACACUGAAACUUCUGGAAAAGACGAGCUGCCACCGGAACAAGAGUCUGGAGACAGUCUUCAAGGUUAAGCAGGACACAUCAAGAGCAAACCAUCGAUCGGAAGACUGCCUUUCUAGGCGAACAGCUGAAUUGGCAGAAAUGAAGAAGCAACUGGAGAAGCAUGCGCUCGACGUAGAGGCUGCAAUUCUCCGUGCAGAGCGUUCUCUUGAACGCACAGAGCGGAGGCUAGACGUCAAGGACAACAAGAAGGUGGAGAAAUUCAAGCAGGUCAGCGCCUCAGCAUUUGGCAUAGACCAACUCUGA